AGGACUGCAGUUUCUGGUGCUGAUGGGAGAGCGGUCGAGGGACGUUAUUAAGGCAUUGUAACAUUAACCCUAAGUGCCUCUUUGGUGAAUGGGUUAGCCUGUUGUGGAGAACAGGAUUACGGAAUUACGGUAGUGCUGGGACUGUGCGUGCAGCCUAAAUGACGAAGUUUAACUUGUUCAAGCACCAGACAACUCCCAUGGUUGCUGCUAAGCCAACAGGGGCCAGUGCCUUGACUGUGACUCCAGCCCCUGUCGCGUUAGUCUCCGCUGACAACUCCACCGAACCAGUCAACAAGAAUGAUGCCUUUGACGAGAUCAAAAACAAGUUCCUGAAUGAAAUCGACAAGAUCCCACUGCCAUCGUGGGCCAUCAUUGCCAUUGCCGUGGUCGCUGCUUUACUCAUUCUAACAUGCUGCUUCUGCAUCAUCAAGAAAUGCUGUUGCAAGAAGAAGAAGAACAAGAAGGGCAAGAAGGGGAAGGGUGACAUGGGAAUGAAGAACCUGAAAGGCGGAGAGAAACAACAGGAUGAUGACGAUGAAGAGGAUGAUGUUGAACCUGGACUGACUGGGGACGAGAAAGAGGAAGAAGUGAAGGAGAAAGAAAAGCUCGGGAAGCUGCAGUACUCCAUUGAUUACGACUUCCAGGAGAACAAGCUGACUGUGGGAAUCCUGCAAGCAGCUGACCUCCUCUCCAUGGACAGCGGUGGCACCUCUGACCCUUACGUCAAGGUCUUCGUCCUCCCUGACAAGAAGAAGAAGUUUGACACAAAGGUUCACAAGAAAACGCUCAAUCCUGUCUUCAAUGAGACCUUCACCUUCAAGAUUCCAUUCCAAGAGAUGGGAGGGAAGACUCUGGUAAUGUCCGUCUAUGACUUUGAUCGCUUCUCCAAACAUGAUGUCAUUGGAGAGAUUAAAAUACCCAUGAACACCCUUGACCUGGCUAAGCCAAUUGAGGAGUGGAGAGACCUGGACAGUGCAGAUCAAGAAGAGCCAGAGAAGCUGGGUGACAUUUGCAUCUCCCUGCGUUACGUCCCCACUGCUGGAAAACUCACCAUCUGUAUCCUGGAGGCUAAGAACCUGAAGAAAAUGGACGUGGGUGGACUGUCAGAUCCCUAUGUGAAAAUUAACCUGCUGCAGAAUGGCAAGAGGCUGAAGAAGAAGAAAACGACAGUGAAGAAGAACACUUUGAAUCCAUACUACAAUGAGUCCUUCAGCUUUGAGAUUCCUCUUGAGCAAAUGCAGAAAAUCCAAGCUGUGAUCACAGUGCUGGAUUAUGACAAGAUUGGCAAGAACGAUGCCAUUGGAAAGAUCUGGGUGGGAAGCAAGGCCACAGGGGCCGGGCUGAAACACUGGUCCGACAUGCUGGCCAACCCCCGUCGUCCCAUCGCCCAGUGGCAUCCACUGCAGCCAGAGGAGGAGGUGGAUGCCUCCCUCGCAGCCCUGACUGCCAAGAAGUAAACUCCCGCCAGAACACAUCGCCCCCACCUGCACCUACCUACCCAUGCAUUUCCCAUCAGGUCCCACAUAUCAGUGUAUAUUCCAGAAGAACACCCCGACUGUGCAUCCACUCCCUCCACCCCCUUCCUCUCCCACUGCCACCUUUCAAAAAGAUCCAUAGAUACCAUUCGACAUGAUGGGAAAUAUAGUUUAAAAAAAAAAAAGAGCAUCAUGUUAUAUUAAAUCAUGUCAUUGAAAAAAGAAGACAAGUUACAGGAUGGACAGAGACUCCGUUGAUUUCCUUUAGAUCUAUUUUUGUAUUGGGGUUGUGGUUCCAUUAAUAAGAAUACAGAGUAGACUAUGAAGAACAGUAAGAGUGCUAUAUGGGAAUCUGGUGAUAGAGGGGAUAAAACAUACAUUCACUCAUGUUGUACUUCUCACCCCUUCCCUUUAGUGACACAGAUUGCUUAGAAUAGUGCUUAAUAAUAAAAUGCUUUAUACUGCCAUAAGAUAGAGAAAUAACACAAGCAGGUCCAUUCCUUAGGUGUAUUGUGCACCAUGUUCCACACCUGCCAGUUAUCAUACUAGAUGAUUCUGUUAGUUUGAAGUACAUUCCUAGAGUUGGGUAGCAAGUAGGGAUAGGCAACAUAUCCAGUUACCCACAAACACACUGCCGUUUUGAUUAGUUAACCUUCCACCCUUCGUCUCAGGAAAACUGAGAGGAAACUGAAACUCCAUGCCUUUUUUUCUAAACGGGUUGUUAUUAUUCAAAUACUCCACUUGAUGAGGAAGAAAUGUCGGAUUCAAAAGCUUGACCACGUGUUUUUUCAGUGAUGUAAGGCUCGCGACUAGUGUUAGUUUAUCCACGAAAUGGUAUGUCAGUCGAGAGGGAGGGAAUGAUGGAUUUUCAGUGAAAAAAAAAAAUGGGGGUGUAUUUGUGUAUUUUUGACUGUGCAAAAAGGCCGCAUCUGUCAUAUGAACAACAAAAAGCAAGGAAAUAUCAGAGCGGGUACAACAGAGACUGAUUUCAACCACCAAUGACAUGAUAUUUACAAGGUGUCGAUUACUGCCUGCAGUCUACCACCUCCCCUCCCAACGCCUCAGAUUCUGUAUCUCACUUGUUCAGUGCUACUGCCAUUAGUCACGGACUUGACACAAGGGUUUUACUUCAAAGGAAUCCCUAUAACCGUCUUACAGUCAUAAAGGAGACAAGCCUUCCAAGUAACAAAAUAAGCAAUUUUCAACUACCAGGGACGCCUUCCAGUUAGCGGUGUUGUUCUCUUCAUUUCUUUCUUUCUUUCUUCCUUCUCUUUUUUUCUAUCUCUUUUUUUUCUCCUUUUUAUUUAUCCAGUUGUAUUUGAUUUUAUUUACCUUCAAACACUUUUAUUCCUCAAGCACUUUAACUCCAGAAGUUGCAUUCAAGUACCCUCAGAAACCAGAGCUUUAAUUGUUUAUGUUAAGAAUAACUGCUGGUUUGAAAAAAUAAGCGCAAGGGAGUGCAUUAUGUUAGCAUUUUUUUUGUUGUUGUUGUUUUGCCUCAGCUUUUUGUGUAUGUGUUUGGAUUGUUACGUUUACGUUUCUCACUUGAUUCCAAGAAUAUGGUCUGGAAGAAGGCACUGAUCCACGUGUAUUUUAUACACAGCUUACCAAACUGUUGAAUUUAAUUGCACUACUGGGUAUUAUUCUGUUCUGUGAUCAGUGUAUUUUUUUUUUGUGAUAAAAAUGUUGUGAGAUUGAAUUUUUCUGUGGCACAAGUGGCACCAGACAGGUCUCCUCAUAUAAAUGGACUCCUCUUAUAAAAAAAAGAGACUUGUAAUCGGUUCAGUGUAUUUGUAAAUUAAUAUUCUGUUGAAGAGAGGAUUGUGAGGGUGAACUUUGUGACAAAAUCCAAACUGUUGUUUGACCAAAACUUAUCAGCCUUUGAGCAAAUUGGUGAAAAAUUAAUUGUUAAUUUAAAUCCUGACAUUAGCCAGGUGCUUGGAGUCCGGUUUCAGGCCUAGUUGAUUAAAAUCAGUCCUGUGUGUGAGCACCAACAGCAAAAACUACCCGUUGACUGUGAAAAAGUCAAUGUGAAUCAAAUACAGUCAACAUUUUAAACAGUACAAGUUUUUUUUUGGUUUGUUUGUUUGUUUUUUUGGGGGGAAUUUAAUGAAUGUUUCUCUCCGUUGGAAAUUGUAACUUUUUACGUUUUUAUAACCAACAUAAACCAUGUUCACAUUUCUGUUUUUCACCUAACACAAUCUAUUUUUCUUCUGUUGAAGCAACACUAAAGAAAAGGCAACAUGGAAGCAAUCAAGCAACCCAUUGGUGUGUAGUUUUGCCUAUAUACAUAGUUCAUACACGUUGAUACUGCAUGUUUAUACAAAAUACUGUACAUAAGAGCAUGUUUUAGAGACGAAGCAAAAAUAUCUCGUGUACGUAAAUGGGUGUCAUUUGUCAUUUUAAUAACACAAUGAAGGGGAAAAAAAAGAUGCACUGUAUAUUUUCUAAAUGAAACAAAUGUGUAUUUAUUUUCCAUGAGGGUCAUUGGAGAGAAUGUCAUACAAAUAUUACAGUACUAUUACUAAUAAGAACCUUUCCACGCCUGAAAUUCUUAAGCAAGUGUGUCGUCCAGUACUGUGUGUGAGUUCAUGUAGGAUGAAAAUGUAGCCGCAUGCUUGCUAUCUAAUUCCUGGUGAUCAAAAUUUUUAUUUGAUAUCAUUUAUCUGCCAUACAUUUUGUUUCUGCACUUAUCUGAAGGCCAAUGUUUGACUUAUUUCAGAAUUUUAUUGCUAUUCCUUUUUUCUUUUUUUUUUCUUUUUUAAUAUAUAUGUUAAUUUUUAGUGUUUGGAAUGGGCCGGGGUCUCCAAGUCUAUAAAAUGACUAUUUUCUAACAGCAGAUUUGGCACGGUGUUUUUCUGAAAUAACUAAUUAGAAGAAGAUUGAAUAACUCUGCGAUCUGUAGGUGGAUUGUAGGAGUCAUUAUUUGUGCCAGUACUGACCCAGAAUGAAAUCUGUUGGAUCAUUUCUUUACAUAAAAUACGUUUCCAGGGGCCAAAUGAUUAUUAAUCCCAUUCCAGCGAACACAAAUGGCUUGGAAUCCCUUCUUCUCUCUUUCUUUACUUGGAAGUUUUUAUUUUUCAGUUCUAUUUAAAUGACCUGAAACCCUUCACGGCUGUGUCUCUUUUACUGUGUUUAUUAUACAAUAACGUGUACGUGUAUACAAGAUAAAUGAAUAAGAUAAAACUAAAGCCAUAAAACUCAAGCACUAACUCUUUAGAGCUCAGCUGAGUAGCUAGAGUUUAUUUAUGAAGAAAAAAAAAAAUCUGACGUCUUCAUUUUCCUUGGCCAGUGUUUCUCUUUUACAUUCCGUUAUAGAGGUCUUUGUUCAUCAAGAGGGCAAAAUCCAUUUUACUGUAUAUGUGAGCAGUGAGAACAGUUGUGAGUUCAGUAGAGUGAGUGUGUCUUUUUCUACUUUCAGAGAUGUUGAUGUCCUUGUUUCAUAGAGGUAGCUGAUUUUACAGUAUUGUGAUUAGUAAUGUAUAUGCCUUGUUUUGAUAGUAUAAAUAAUAGAUAUAAUAUCACUAUAGAUUCUCAAUAAUACUGCUAAAAUUAUAUAUAUAUAUAUAUAUAUAUAUAUAAUAUAUAU